AUGCAGACGAAGCUGCUCUGCAGCGAGAGGGUCCUCCUCGCACUUGUCGCCUCUACAGUUGCGUUUGUCGUCCUAUCAGCCACCAUCGACUUCUCCCAUCCUCGUCCUGCUGCUCUCCGAGACUCCAUGUCCACCCUGCCGCAGUUCACGCAGGAGGAGGGGGAGAUGAAGGCUCAUGAGAAUUUCUACGAGUCGGAAGGAAGCUCUCCUUCUCGCCAAUCCUCAUGGACGGGCAAUGGAGGGGCAGCGUUCAAGUACCUCCAGCAUGAAGCAUCGAACCCUGUCACGGAGGCGGAGGAAGGGUUGAGGAGGAGCCUUCGAGGACGAUCUUCCAGCUCAGAUCGGGUGGACUUGUACGGAGCAUGGGGAUCGAGCAGGAGGAGGCAUCGAGAUGAUUACGUGGAGAGGUUGCGGAAACUUGAGCAGAAGAAGCGGGAGAGGAGGGACAGCGACUUUUUCGCAGGUGUUACGAAGGCCUUCGGGAAGAAGGAAGGGAAUUUGCUGAUGAACAAGUUUGACCCUCAGAGGUGCCCAAGGGUUUUCACCAUCUCGGGGUGAUCUCGAGUGGUAGGAAGAUCGAACAGCUGGUGAAGGAGUACAAGACAGCAAAAGGCAAACGGCACAAGUCGCAGCUGAAGGAUCGCAUAGAGGAUCUACAGCAGAGCAUAGAGGAUGACUUUCAACGAGUGACCUCC